GCCUAAGAACUGGAUACUCAUACUCAAUAACAAAUAGGAAUCUAUAGAAUUUUAACAUUAUGGUUGACAAGAACUCGAAGUACAGGAAGGGUUCAAAAAUUGUAAUAAAUUACUUUGUCUUGUAUUUCAACAAUUGUUGCAUACAUGGAUUUCGCUACCUCACGGAUUCAAUGCUUAUACUGUUCGAGAAAUUCCUGUGGCUAAUUCUACUGGUUGCAUCGAUAUAUUUUUGCAUAAUUGUCUGCUUGUCAUCGAUAGAUCGUUACUACACCAAAAGCACACAUAUCGGAAUCGAACGAAACUAUAUAUUUUGGAAUACAACCUUGCCGAGUGUUACAGUUUGUCCAGUGGAUCGACUUAAUAUCACAUAUUUCGCUGAUUUUUGUCGUACCAAUGGCAUCAAGGGACCGCAAAGAGAUAUUUUAUGGGAUUUUCUCGAGAACUUGGCCAAUUCGACGUACAUAAACUUUCAGAAUAUUCCCCAGAACGAGCAGAUCGAUCAGAUAAUUGAGGAUAUAGGUCUGAAACCGGAACACUAUACCGAGUUAAUUUACAAUCUAACCUACGAUAGAACAUAUGAACCAAAUUUCAAUGAACGCAUUCGCUGUAUGGAUGGUGCGAUGUUUAUUCAUGUCCGCCAGGUUCUUACUGAGUGGGGUUUGUGCUACCUGGGCAAUUCUAAGCUAACCGAAGAAUAUAGUUCGCGGUAUUUUAUUUUUGGAAAGUAUCCGGAGUACAAUAAGUAUGAGUACGAAAAUAUACGACUUCCAUAUCAGGUGGGUUCCUUCUUUCAAAAGGAUACGCAAUACGCCUUACUGGGCUUCAAGGGUCCUGCUAUAAUUGCCUUUGCACAUUCAGCAUUUGAGGUGAUGAAAGUGGAUUCCAAUUCCGAUUAUGCCUACGAUGGUGUUUUGUAUGAUCUGAGCACCGAAGAGAUUACUGCCGAGGAUAAUCUAGAGCAAGAUACCACGGUGGCCAUGAGAAGAUGCCGUUUUCCCCACGAAUCCAAUUUAACCCACUUUCCCUUCUACACUCGAAAUAUUUGUCAGCAAGAAUGCAGGAUCAAUCUGGCAUAUAAAAUUUGCAAAUGUAUCCCACAUUUUUAUCCCAAUCGCAUUGCAAAUCCCAAGCCAGUGUGCGAUUAUAAAACUUUAAGAUCGUGCUUUCCCCAACAUGCAAGUUUUUUUCUAAAGUUGUACGAGGAAAAUGGCAACCACGAGAAUCCAGCUACUUGUUACUGCGAACAAAACUGCCAUGAUUCAGUAGUUACAAUGAAGUCCAUGAAUCCCAUGUCCGGAGCAAAACAAUUACUAGGAGGAAUUGGAAGCGCUGUAUCCGUAAAAACUUGGCCACAAAGUCGACUAAGACGACAAGUUAUAUUCUCACUGACCGAUCUUUUGGUUUCGAUUGGCGGAACAGCCGGACUUUUCCUGGGAUUUAGUGUUCUGGGCCUUGUUGAAGUUAUAUAUUUCUUUACAAUUAGAAUAGUCUUUCAAAUAUUGGGUUAUACGCUCUAAAAAUAGGCUAA